AGGUAAGAGUUUUAUAGUCCAUUUUACUGGGACUAAAGGCAAUCUGUUCGUGCCCAAAAGAAAUGGCUCCUGCUAUUUCAGGAGCAAAGAGACGUUCUGCUCUCAUUUCUGACAUAUGAGCCAGGAGCAUUCAUCAGGGUGACUGCAGAUAAGCCAGGUGUGUGCUCUGUGCUUCAGCUUUCCCAUUUGUCCAUGCAGAUGAUAAGCCUGACCUCUGUAGAAACCACUGUAAGAGACUGAUGAACAGUGCUGUAGAGAAGCUAAGGUGGUAUUGCUGCUACACAUCACAGCUGGAGGGUGUGCUUGUAAGCCAGGCAUUGUUGACUUUGCUCUGUGUGUUGGCUUCUGAACAAAGGCACUGCUGAAAAGAGCACCCAGGGAAAAAAGAAUUCUCAUGUGAAACCUGUUGCUGCUUAUGACUGUGCUUCAAGGGCUGAGGUAACCUCUGCAAUGUAAAGGGGAAGAUAUCAGCAGAGUGUUCUGGAGAUCCAAGUGUUACUAAUGGGAGCCUUCAAGUGACGACUGAGAAGCUGUGUUGGAAGUUCUGCUCAAAGCUGAACAGUCCCAAUUUUCUUAGAUUUUGCUCACAGCAAAGUGCUCCAUCCCUCUAAUCAUCUUGGUGGUCCCCCACCUUUUGGACUUGCUCCAACGGGUUGAUGUCCUUCCUGUACGGGGUAUUCCAGAGCCGGAUGCAGUAUUUCAGGUGUAGUCUCAAAUAAAAAUAUGUCAAGAAAUUAACUAAAAUUUCUACCAUUUGGGAUGACAUAGGCACAAGAGUAUGUAUGGAGGAGGGAAAUCAUUAGAACCUUGUUCCUGAGUGAAGCAACUGAUGAGUAUUUUCCUUUACCACACGGUGAUCAAAGGAUGCAAAGAGAAGGUGCCAUCAUGUGAAUGUGAAACACCUAAAUGAGAAACAGGACACAUGGGAAGGCUGAGCUGAAACUGCUUGUGCACACAAUGACAGACUGAUUUGCUACUGGAGACGAGAUUCUGGAAACCUUGUUUUUCCAGAGACUUCUGAGUGAGAGGAGAGGAGCCCGAGGAAGCACACAAAAGAGCGAUGGGAAUUGAGGGCCAUGGUUACCUGAGAUAAAUGGCAGAUCUCUGGGAGUCUCGCCUUGUAGCUGUUUGCUUUAGCUUUUUCUCUCUCUGCAGCUGCACUUUCUUUUUUGUGAGCUGCUGCUGGGCACUGCCACGGCGCCACUGGAGAUUGCAAGCGCGACGUGGGCCCGGCGCGUGAGGAGGGGUGAGCCGCCCGCCUCACCAUGAUUCAGCUGUGGAAAGUGGUGCGGCACGUGCGACAGCUGGAGCUCCACAGAUUGAUCCUGCUGCUCAUUGCCUUCAGCCUGAUCUCCAUGUGCAUCCUGGCUUAUUACGUCACUAACAGUCCCAAAAUCAAGGAGCCGCCCCCCCUGCCCUUCAGUGACUGCAGCAGCCAGCACCGCAUCUUGAUCCCGCCGCAAGCCAGCUGGAGGCUCACGAAGUCCGUGGACACCUCGCGCACAGAUCCUGUGGUGCUCGUCUUUGUGGAAAGCAUUUACUCCCAGCUUGGGCAGGAAAUUGUGGCCAUCCUGGAAUCCAGCCGGUUCAAAUACAGGACAGAGAUCGCCCCUGGCAAAGGGGAUAUGCCCACCCUGACAGACAAAGAUAGAGGACGCUAUGCUCUAAUUAUCUAUGAGAACAUCCUUAAAUAUGUGAAUCUAGAUGCUUGGAACCGAGAGCUGCUAGACAAAUACUGUGUAGAGUAUGGAGUGGGAAUUAUAGGCUUUUUCAAAGCCAAUGAGAACAGCCUGCUCAGCGCACAGCUCAAGGGUUUCCCCCUUUUCCUACAUUCCAACUUGGGGCUGCGGGACUAUCACAUCAAUCCUAGUGCUCCCCUGCUCUAUGUCACCCGGGCUAAUGAGGUGGAGCAGGGUCCUCUGCCUGGUGAUGACUGGACUGUGUUUCAGUCAAACCACAGCACCUAUGAGCCAGUGCUGUUGGCCAGCACGAAAUCCUCGGAGUCCAUUCCUCACCUGGCCACUCACAAAGCAUUGCAUGCCACAGUGAUGCAGGACCUGGGUCUGCAUGAUGGGAUCCAGCGGGUUCUCUUCGGCAAUAACCUCAAUUUUUGGCUGCACAAACUCAUUUUUGUGGAUGCCAUUGCCUACUUGACUGGCAAACGCCUCUGUCUGACGCUUGAUCGCUAUAUCCUUGUUGACAUCGAUGAUAUAUUUGUGGGAAAAGAGGGCACUCGCAUGAAAGUGUCUGAUGUAGAGGCUUUACUGAGUACUCAGAGUAAGCUGAGAACUUUAGUCCCAAAUUUCACCUUCAACCUGGGCUUCUCAGGGAAAUUCUACCACACAGGUACAGAUGAGGAAGAUGAAGGGGACGACAUGCUGCUCAAGCACAGGAAAGAGUUCUGGUGGUUCCCUCACAUGUGGAGUCACAUGCAGCCUCAUCUUUUCCACAAUGUCACUGUGUUGGCUGAGCAGAUGAAGCUGAACAAGCAGUUUGCUGUGGAGCAUGGGAUUCCCACAGACUUGGGCUAUGCUGUAGCCCCCCAUCACUCUGGAGUUUAUCCUGUCCACACACAGCUCUAUGAGGCAUGGAAAUCUGUUUGGAGCAUCCAAGUAACAAGCACAGAGGAAUACCCACACCUACGGCCUGCCCGGUACCGGCGUGGAUUCAUCCAUAAUGGAAUCAUGGUUCUGCCUCGACAGACCUGUGGUCUUUUUACUCACACUAUCUUCUAUAAUGAAUAUCCUGGUGGCUCAAAGGAGUUGGACAAGAGCAUUCGUGGUGGUGAACUCUUCCUGACAGUGCUUCUGAACCCAAUCAGCAUCUUCAUGACGCACCUAUCCAACUACGGGAAUGACCGUCUGGGACUGUACACUUUUGAGAGCCUGGUCAAGUUUGUGCAGUGCUGGACCAACCUUCGCCUGCAAACAUUGCCUCCAGUCCAACUUGCAAAAAAGUACUUUGAAAUCUUCCCACAGGAGAAGAAUCCCUUGUGGCAGAAUCCCUGUGAUGAUAAAAGGCACAAGGAUAUCUGGUCGAAAGAGAAAACAUGUGAUCGACUCCCCAAGUUCCUCAUCGUGGGACCUCAGAAAACUGGCACAACAGCUGUGCACUUCUUCUUGACCAUGCAUCCAGCUGUCACCAGUAACUUCCCAAGUCCAUCCACCUUUGAGGAGAUCCAGUUUUUUAAUGGCCCCAACUAUCACAAAGGAAUUGAUUGGUACAUGGAAUUCUUUCCCAUUCCUUCCAAUGCCAGCACAGACUUCAUGUUUGAGAAGAGUGCCAAUUACUUUGACACAGAGGUGGUACCAAAACGUGGUGCAGCCCUGCUGCCUCGAGCCAAAAUCAUUACUGUUCUGAUCAACCCUGCUGACCGAGCCUAUUCAUGGUAUCAGCACCAGCGUGCUCACAACGACCCUGUGGCGCUCAAUUACACCUUCUACCAAGUGAUCUCUGCGAAGUCCCAGGCCCCGCAGGAGCUGCGCAACCUGCAGAGCCGAUGCCUGUUCCCCGGCUGGUAUUCCACUCACCUGGAGCGCUGGCUGACGUACUAUCCCUCUGGGCAGCUUCUCAUUGUGGAUGGUCAGGAGCUGAGACACAACCCUGCCUCUGUAAUGGACAACAUCCAGAAGUUCUUGGGAGUUACGCCACUCUUCAACUACACCCAGGCCCUCAGAUUUGAUGAAGCAAAAGGAUUUUGGUGCCAGCUGCUAGAUGGAGGAAAGACUAAAUGCCUAGGAAAGAGUAAAGGAAGGAAAUAUCCUGAUAUGGAUUCCUUGUCACGACUCUUUCUAAGAGACUUCUACCGGGAGCACAACAUUGAAUUAUCCAAGCUGAUGAACAGGCUGGGGCAGCCCCUUCCAACCUGGCUCCGAGAGGAACUGCAAAACUCCAGCUGGAGCUGAGAGGGACUCCCCGGCCCCCAGUGCCAUUGGGAUGUGUGGUGCUCCAACCUGUGCUAUGAUGCCAUCUCCUGUCAAGCCAAAACAACUGGACAAAGGAGCAGAGAAUGUGCAUGUGGAGUCUUGCCCCACCCUUGGAAAGGGCUGCUGCCCUGACACUGCCUUGGGGCAUAGAGUGCAGGUCACAUUCUUGAGUAUUAAUGGUGUGCUACUACAAUUCAACUUUUACUUACAGGAAGGAUUUGAAAUGCCUGCCCUACUUAGAGCAGGGGAGGGAGCAGAGUUAAGACUUUGUGUAUUUUUAAAUUACUUUUCUCAGUCUAUGAAACAGGCACGAGCUGGAGUUAAUCUGUUACUCCUCUGAGCCCAGAAGUAAAGGCUGAAGAAGGGAGACAAUUGAGCCCACUGCUGAGAAAAGAGCAGCAGCCUAAUAAAAGGGGAAUCUAGUGCAGUGAAGCCCAGCUUUUAUCCAUAGUCUGUUUGGCACCGUGAGGUCCAAGAACGCCUUGUUCCUGCCCAUGCUCACUGCUUACAGUGCCACUGCGUGGGGAUGGUGGGGACUGCGGGGACAGGGAGGGACAGGUAACCUUGUUUCUCCUUAUCUGCCGUGCCUGGGGUGUGAUACAGUGUCUGGUGACUCUGGUCAAUGAAGUGCUUUGUAAUCUUAGAGAAAAGGUUUGCCACAUGUGGCAAAGUUGCAAGUAUUUCUCUGCAGGGACUAAAGACAUUUCAAAAGAUAACCAAGGAGCAGUAAUGUCCCUGUAGAGCACUUGGGAAGUGUGCGUAAGUGCAGCACAGCAGUGGGGGGGAGGCAAAGCUCAGGUAUUGUAAAAUAAGGCUGAUGUUACAGCUGAAAGCAGGCAAUUCAGUUCCCCAUGUCUGAUCAGCUUAAAAAAAAUCCAGCAGUUCCAGCGCCCCUACCACACAGUCCAGUUGCUAGCAUUGUUUUCAUCUUCUUGCACACCAACAGUCCAAGGAGAAAAUGAAAAAAAAACCAGUUAAAAGUAAGUAUUGUUAAGGGACGGCUUUGCACCAGAAGUGGAUUUCUAUGCCUAAAAGGGGUUUCUGCAUAUGGUAAAGUAAGUACACUAAGGUACUUUGUCUCCUCCUGCAGUUACUGGAUAAUUAUUCUCAGAGAAAAUCCUCCAUCUUGGUUGUAUAUAUUUUCUUUGACCCCUCCUUCCCAGGCACAGGUGGUCCUUGGAGAGUGCUGCAGAGGGGCAGGAUCCACAUGAAGUUAUGGAAACUUCCACAACUGUCACAAGCCACUUCUCUGUCAACCAGAAAAGUUGCUUCAACUGAGCUUUUCCAUUGAGCCUUAGGUAUUGUGUAUUUCAGAAUGAAUGGUGCAUUUACCAUUGUAUGUAAAUGUAUAUAGUAUGCAAUAUAGUAUUUUAUUUCAUGUGCCCUUGGAAAGGGUUAUUUUGUGCAGCCAAAAAACGGAUGGAAAGACUAGAAACCCCUUUCCCUGUUAAGAGAGAAAAGCCUAACUUCCUGCACUUGAUUCAUGUAUAGCAUCAUUCACAUUGAAUGAUAAUGAAGAAAUUCUUGGCUCUCGAAGCUGAGCACAUGUGUCUCAAUAAAGGCUAGAAGUAGUAGUAAGUGGAGAUUCAAUAAAUGUACUACUUAUUUUU